AUGUUCGCGGCCGCCUCCUCGUUCUUCGCCCGCACAAACAUCUCCCAAAACUACACCAUCGGCACCGCCGCGCCGUCCGUCGUCGGCGGGAGCAGGACAGGCACCCCUACACCUGGGGGCUCCGCGGCGGGCUCGCUGCCCCCGGCGGCCGCGCCCCCGCCGUUCAGCAUCGGGCCCUGGCGGGUGCAGCCUGCGACGCACAAGGUCACGGGCAAACGCGUCUCGGUGUGGACCGCGGACAAGAAGAGCCAGGAGAUGGAGCGGAUGGGUCCGCAGUCGCGGGACAAGACGUUGGAGGUGCUCAAGGCUGAGGCGUCCGCGCUGAGCAGGCUCAGGCACCCGUCCGUGCUAGAGGUUGUGGAACCCCUGGAAGAAACUCGGACGGAACUCAUCUUCGCGACCGAGCCUGUGCUCGCGUCUCUGCACCUCUCGGUCCCUGGCUCGUUCCAGUAUAUGCCACUUGUGGAACUUGACGAGGUCGAGAUCCAGAAGGGUAUACUGCAGCUAUGCAAAGGCCUGACCUUCAUGCACGGCUCCGCCCGCCUUCUACACUCAAAUAUUAACCUGGAAAGCAUUAUCAUCAAUAGUGCGGGCGACUGGAAGCUUUCGGGCCUAGGACAAACGAUUGCUCUAUCACGACCAGACGGUAGUGCUCCCCGGUGGGAAUAUCCGACCUUUGAUGGACGUGCGUCGACAUACACUCAGCGUUCAUUCGACUACAUUGCCCCCGAAUACGCGCUCGACGAAGUGCUCGAUCCCGCGUCUGAUAUGUACUCACUUGGCUGCUUAAUUUAUGCGGUACAUUGCAAAGGAAACCCGCCUUUCAAGAAUCAUGGCAGCCUGUCGUCUUUGCGGGAGAAUGCCGGUAAGCCCUUGGUCGGUAUGGAACGAUUGGAGCAAGACUUGCGUUCACUCCUCAGCGCCCUCAUCACCAGACAACCUCAUGGUCGGCCAAGUCCAUCAGACCUCCCGCUGCAUCCUUUCUUCUCGUCUUUGCCUGUCUCAACACUGAGCUUCCUGGACCGGUCCAAUUUUGCCGCGAAGACUCGUGAAGAGAAGAUCUCGUUUAUGAAGGGCCUGACAAGUGUUUUGGACAAAUUCUCGGAAGGUCUUCGGACGCGUAAGAUCCUUCCCUCGCUGCUGGAAGAAAUGAAAGACACCCACCUUCUACCCUACAUCCUCCCCAACAUCUUUGCCAUCGCGCAAGUGCUCUCGUCCACGCAGUUUGCGACCCUCGUAUUGCCCAGCCUCAAACCGCUGUUUGCAAUAAAAGAGCCCCCGCAGAACAUGCUUACAUUGCUCGACAACUUGAUUUUGCUGCAGCAGAAGACGGAGAAGCCUGUAUUCCGAGAACAUGUCUUGCCUCUUGUCUACAACGCGCUAGAGAGCGAGCACUCCAUCGUGCAAGAACGUGCCCUCAAGUCCGUCCCCAACCUUUGUGAGACCAUCGACUAUGCGGAGGUACAAGGCGUGUUGUUCCCACGAGUUGCUUUGGUCUUCACGAAAACACGUAUGCUGUCAGUCAAAGUGGCGACGCUGGAAACUUUCUUGUCAAUGGUACAUACCCUCGAUCAAUCGAGUUUAACUCAAAAACUAGUACCGUUGUUAUCAAGAAUUCGGACGAAAGAACCCGCAGUGACGAUGGCUACUUUGGCUGUACAGGAAGCGAUGGGCCUGAAGGUUGAUCGCGAGGCUGUUGCAACCCUCGUGCUUCCUCAGCUAUGGGCGAUGUCGAUGGGACCAUUGUUGACCGUUUCUCAAUUCAAAAGGUUCAUGGAUGUUAUCAAGAAGCUGGGCGAUCGCGUAGAGAAAGAACACGACCAGUACCUCCGAGACUCACAGCGUAUCGAGGACCGAUCCGCUGUGACCAGUUCAUCUAGUAUCCCAGUGGGUGCGAACGGUGCUGUCGACUUCGAAAGUCUCGUGGGCAAUGGGAGUAGUAGUACUCCCGCAAGCAGGGCAAAUGCUACAGGCGACGCUCCGGCUCCGAGUUGGGAGGAUGACGUUUGGGGUAGCAUUUUCUCCAAUGGUACGGUCAGUGGCUCGACGGUGAGUUGUUGUUCGGCCUUGAUGCACUCCACCAUGUUGACUAUGCAUCCCCUUCCCAGAGCCCUGUACCCCCUUGCCCCUCGAACCAUACGUCGGCGGUCGUAG